GUACGAGGCAGCUCCAAGUCGUCAACCCGCCGCCGUGAUGAAGCCUGCCAACACAUCGGCAUUGCUCAAUGCCUUUCAAGGCUUGAGGAUAUGCGCAUCCUCACCCUUGCGACAAUUCAGAGCCCCUGUUCAGCGACAAGCGAAGACGCUCGAUGCGACCCGACGACUCCAAAAUGUGCGGGCCUUCUCGACGACCUCCUCGAUGCUGGGGAAUUGGCUGGAGCCCAAUUUGAACCGAAAGAAGAAGAUGGCCAAGGGACGCCCGCGUGUGCCGACUGGAGGAUCGACUAAGGGGACGACUGUAAUCUGGGGCGAUUUUGGUCUCCGGAUGACGGACCACCACCGAAGAAUCAGCGCCAAGCAAUUAAAGAUGGCGGAGGACACGAUCAAAACUCGACUCCGUGGCCAGAAAUACCGACUUUACAAGCGAAAGUGCUGCAACGUUGGUGUAUACGUCAGCGGAAACGAUAUGCGUAUGGGUAAGGGAAAGGGAAACUUCGAUCAUUGGGCGACCAGAAUGGCUGUGAGCCAGAUCCUUUUCGAGCUCCGAGGCCGAAUUCACGAGCAAGUCGUGAGAGAUGCAUUCCGGUUGGCUGGUAACAAGCUGCCAGGCCAGUGGGAGUUUGUGAAGAGAGGUGAUGCCCCUAUGGUCGGGAUCACCAAGUUGGAGGAUGGGAUAACGCUGGAGGACCUGAAGAGACCUCGAAGGCAGCUCGCUCCCGUCGAGUUGGUACAGGAAUCCGCCCCAAUCUCAGAGGCUGCGGCCGUUAGCACUCCUCCUACGUCUCCCCAGGCUUAGUAGAAUGGGCGAUGAGAAGUAUCGACACCAUGUACAUUAAACGGUGCAGAGCAUUUGUUGUAAACCUGUACGAAUACUACUUCCAAAAUGAUAAUCAAUUCCAAUGUUGAUUUUCAAGGCAUGCGACCG